AUGAGCCUCGAUCUUUGGGCCCACCAGUUCUGCCUCGCCUGCGACAAGCAGGUUCACGACGGCGCCGCCUACUGCUCCGAGUCCUGCCGCCUCGCCGACUUUGAAAAGUCGCCUUCAUCACCCUCCUCCCAGGCCAGCUCUCCGGGCUUUGCUCCCACCUCGGGCCCGUGGUCAACGGCCUCUGCUGCCAUUCCUACUCCUACAAGUAACACCCGCCCCGCGGCCCGCUCCAAGUUUUACCUCUCCCCAGCCUACGACUUUGGCAACGCCCAACCAUAUGGCACCACGCCCACGGCCAAGCCGCUGCUCGGAUACUACUCAUCCUUGCGCGCCGAUCGCCUGCCCACCCAAUCGUCGUCGUCGUCGCUGCCCCUCCGCCAGCUGACGCCCUCGAGCUCCCACAGCAGCCUGUGCUCCAUGCGGAGCACCGCCUCGGAUGCCUCACGCCUCUCUGAUGGUGUCAAGAAGGAGCUGCAGGCGUAUGCUGUAUCCUUUGAGCAGGUCCGCUUGCAACGAAGACGAUCCCAGUAA